AUGGUAAACCACAAACCUUAACGUGGUCAAGGAUCUAAUGGGAAUUACUAGCAAACGUUAAUUUCAAAAGUCCAAUUCCCUGCAUGGCGUUGAAAGGAAAUUCUUAAAAGGAGGAUAGAGGGAGCGGCGACGGCAUCGGCCGAGGAAAAGGAGGAGGGGGAGGGAGAAGAUGAGGAGGAGGAGGAGGAGGAGGAGGAGGAUGGGGAGGAUGGGGAGGAGGAGGAGGAGGAUGAGGAGGAGGAGGAUGAGGAUGAGGAUGAGGAGGAGGAUGAGAAUGAGGAGGAGGAGGAGGAGGAGGGCGAGGAAGACGAAGCUGGUAGUCUAAAUUCGUUUUCUGGCCCCUAA